UCACUUCACAAAAGUCAAUAACAGGAUCAAAUUAGAAGAUUACCCUCGAAGAACCUUCAUUCAUAGAUGCAUGCUUAAAUUUUAACAAAUUGAAAAUAUAUAAAGGAAAAGGUGAUCCGUCUCAAGAAAAGUGGAACAAGUACGGUUAUAGACGCGAGAUAGUAUUUCCGUAAAAGAAGAGAAAAUGGAUUCGGAGUCUGGGAAACGUAAAACACGUCCAAAAAUGUGGUGAAAGUCUAUAGGACUUUAUUAUCAGUAAUAGUGACAGACUAUAAUGAUCUCAACUUUAUCACCAAUAAACCGUCGUAUCAUCAGGAUUUAUUAAUAUUGCCUUAAUAGAAGAAGAUUAACUUUAGAUCUCAAAAGUUAUUAAAAGCAAUACGUUGAUUUGAUGUAAAUUAAUCUGUUGUUGAUUGGGAAUUAACACCAAGGAUGCACAUGAUUGAAAUUCUUAUUCAAUAAUGAUCAAAUGGAAUAUUAUAUGGAAGUAUAAAUACCGUUACGAAAUUUACAUUCUUUGAAUCAAUGUAAUAAAUCUUUAUAAGUUAGUUUUAUGUUUCUCCUUGAAAGAAACACGAAUAGAAAGAUUGCAGAAUGGACUAUUCAUUUCAAAUUGACAUGGGAGAUAGAAAGAAAAGUCAUGUGAUGCCGAAUCCUAACGUGUAUCUUAAACGUUAUACUAACUCAUAUGCGGAAAGAUACAAAAAAGGACGACAAAGACAGAGACCUUCCAAAGAGAAAUCGAGCAGACGACUACAUGGUUCCGAAGAGGAUCUUGUUAAAACCGGAAGUGAGGAUGGGGAUGAACUCGAUAUAGAAAAACAAAUAGAACUUGCUAGAAAAGCACGACCAAAACGAGCUGAAAGACGAAAAGAAAUUAUGAAAGAAGAAUUGAUUAAUACAAAACAGCGGAACAAUUAUGCUUUGAACAAUAAAGAGAAUAAAGAGGAAUUUUAUAGACCGCGGAAUAGAACCGCAGAAGAACCAAAGCAUGUAUAUAAAAAUUCAUUAUCGCCAGUGUCAAAUAAAAGUUUCCCAUUGCGAGGUGUUCCAAUGCAACCUUAUGUGUACCCGCCUAGUGCCAAAAAUGGAGAAAUUCACUUCUCGCCAAAAUUUUUCAAUAUGUAUCAGGUGCAAGAAAACACACACGAAAACGAACUUCAAGAAACAACUUUUAUUAAAAACGAGGAAGUUGAAGAAGUGAGAAAUGGUGCUAAAAGUUAUGAACAAAUGAGAGAAGAAGCUAGAAGCAAAAGAAUUUCGAUUCUAAAUCGUGCUGAAAAAUUAGUAGAAAAUAUAUCUCGAAGUGAUCAGUAUUCUAGUGAUGACGAAAUCAAAAUUGACAAGCCAAAACCUCGACGUAAAAAACAUAGCAAAAAAACCGAGAAAAGCCGAACGGAGGCGAAAUUUAUUCAAACAAAAGAUAUUUCAUCUUCCAGUGACGAGGAUAAAUAUGUUCUAGUUAAGACUACGGUUUCACCAGAACCCCCAGAAAAUGUUAAUCUGGAGCUUCCAAGAUUUAUACAGCCAAGUGAAUAUCAGUCAAAUAUUUCGCUGCACUCAAAUGAAAAGAGUGAAGUACAGGUUGUGCAAAGUGACGAUGAAGACGCUGUCUAUCCAGAACACCGACCGGCCACGGAAGUCUACAUGUCUCAAAAUCACGCGCAAAACGAGAUGAAACGAUACGAGACAGUUGGCGGAACGAAAAAAGAAGAUUCUAAAAAAGGCAGGAGAGUUACGUUUUUUCGAAAUGGCGACAUAAACUUCAGAGGGAUCAGCAUAAGUAUUAGUCAAAACGAUUUCAGGAACUUUGAAACUUUAUUAGUGUUCUUAAAUGGUAAAAUCCCUACCACAGCAGGAGUAAGAUAUGUUUUCUCCCUACCUGACGGAAAAGAAAUCAAAAGCGUGACCGAGUUCAAACACGGGAAGGCAUAUCUGGCAUCUAGUGUAAAAAAGCCUAAUAUAAAACUGCCGUAUGGUUACUCUAGAGAGACGGAUUGGACAUCAGCGCGACCAUCACCAGGCAAAGUAAGGAAAGAUGAAGUUCAUCUUUUUAAAAGACCAACGUCACCGACUCAGUCACCCACGCGCAAAGCACGUGUAAUAACUGUGGAAAAUAAUUCUAGGAAAGAGCUGAAAGAGAAAGUGAUAAUAGACCCACAAACAAAACAAAACUUUGAAGAUAUUCUGUGCAUAAUAGGUGACCUAAUCAAUAUGAAUGUAGAUUCCUUGUAUACACGACGGAAGCCUUUCAGAAAGGUUGUUAGUUUUUCGCAGCUCUUCCGUGAAUUUAAAAACCAUGACAUGUUUAUUGCUUGCCAAGAAGGAGAAGACCCAACAGAUAGGAAUAGUUACCAUGGUAGCAACAACUCAGACAAGUUGCAGAGUAUUGAUGAACUAAACAUGUCUGGUAGUUCCAACUCAGAUUCCCCACCGCCAAUGGAAAAUGGUUUUAGUACCAGUAGAUCAGACAAUAACUUAGAAGACGACUCAGCCAGUGUACUCAUCAAUGGAAAGAUAAGACGAUACUACCCACCAUCGAUGUCAUAUCCAGACGACGAAGCCGGCAAACCAGACCGGAAGUUGAAACUUGAAUGGAUAUAUGGGUACCACGCAAAAGAAAACAGCAACAAUCUUUUCGUAUUAUCCAGUGGAGAGAUCGCGUAUGCUGUUGCUUCUGUUGUCGUUUUGUAUAAAUACAUUAGGAGUAAGGACAAAGAUAGAGACAGUGUUAAAGAUAGAGAGGAUACACAACGACUAUAUUUAGGUCAUACAGAAGAAGUAACAAGCAUGGCUUUAAAUCCAACAAACAAGUCCAUUGCAUCCGCUCAGAUGGCUGGAAAAGAAAACAAGGCCCACAUCCGGGUAUGGGAUUGUAAGACUUUAACGACAUUGAACGUCAUUGGUGUCGGAUUCUUUGAUUCUGGGAUCUUAUCAAUCAACUUUUCGCAACAGAGCAAUGGAAGCUUUCUUUGUGUGAUGGACAACGCAGAAAAACAUGUUCUUAGUAUUUGGGACUGGCAGAAAGAACGAAUGGUGGCAAAGACAACGACGUCAAAUCUUGCAGUAAAAGCAGCAUGUUUUUACAAAUACAACGACACUAUACUGAUCACAUAUGGACAACAACAUGUUUAUUUUUGGAAACUGUUCUGGGAUCCAGUGAGGGAUAAAGAAGGCAGGAUAAUGAGGGAUAAAAGGAGUGGACUCUUUCUAGGUGACAUACCAAAUGAAAUAUGUUCACUUGCAUUCUCUGCCAAAGGGGAUGUUUUAACUGGUGAUUCCAAUGGUACCAUAACAGUUUGGAGUCCUGAUGUUGAAUACAUCUUCAGUAUCAAUUUGGAUUUAUCUGAAACGAUGAGGAAUGCGCACAAGCAUCCUGUUACUUCAUUAUAUAUGCUAAUGGACAAUACUUUGAUGACCGGUGGUGGAUUAGAAAUCCGUGCCUGGGACAGUAUAAAUGGGUACAGACCUGCUAAUGCUAGAGUGCUACCAGAAGCCACGGGUCAUGUCAGAACUAUCAUACCACAAAAUAGCGCCAGUGCUGAUGGACGGUUGUACAUUGGAACGUCCAAAGGAUACGUUCUUGAUGGAUCACUACAAGAUAAAUUUAGAUUUCUUAUUCAGGGACAUAGCGAAGAAAUAUGGGCUAUAGCUCCUCAUCCAAACGAAUCGGCAUUCUUCACAACAUCAUUUGACAAAAUGGUAAUAAAAUGGUCAACGACAAGACACAAAAUUAUAUGGAAAUCACAAAUUGGGAAACCUGGUUGUUGUUUGUCAGCGGAUCUCAAAGGUCGACAGAUUGCGGUAGGCACACAGACUGGAAAUAUUGAAAUCCUGAACGCCCAUAAUGGAAUGCAUGUUGCUUCAAUAGAUGUUAGCAAAUACCGCAUUGAUUGUAUUGCCUUCUCACCAGAUAGUACAAUGAUAGCAGUUGGUAGCCACGAUGGACUAUUACACAUUCUAGAUGCACAAGAUGGAGGUCAAGGUUAUACUCCUUCAAGGCCUUUGAAAGGCCACCCAACCUUUGUUACACAUAUCGACUGGUCAGGAGAUAGCAAGUACAUUCAAAGUACAGAUGGACAAUACAAUAUGAUUAACUGGGAUGUAGAGAAGAAGUUAAGAAUAAGUGAUCCUCGUGUUUUACGUGAUGCAGACUGGCAUAUCUACAGUUGUACAACAGGAUACCCUGUUAUAGGUCCUUGGACAAAUAUGGAGAACGGGACACAUAUAAAUGCUGUACAUCGCUCUAACUACCGCGAUUUCUUGUUGACUGGUGAUAGCAGAGGCCGUGUCAGACUUUAUAAAUAUCCGUGUGCCACAACGAAGCCUGAAUAUCGUGGAGUGAAGCUCUAUUCCAACGAUGUGACUGCAGCUAACUUCUUGUAUGAUGAUAUGAAUGUAAUAACAUCAGGCGGCACGUCUCCAGUACUAGCCCUAUGGGCUGUCGUUGAUGCAUUUGUAUCUUCAUAGAAAAUGUGGUGGAACGUCUCCAGUACUAGCCCUGUGGGUUGUCGUGGAUGCAUUUGUAUCUUCAUAAAAAAAAAGUAAUCUAAAGUAAAAACUGUUUCAUAUCUGCAGAUUAUUUUUAAAAUUCCUUAUAAAAGAUCUUAAGAAGAUGGCUAGCUUGAAUUAUGAGUUAUAUUCCUGACUGACAAGGCCUGGAUUAAUUCUUUACUGAAAUGGUGUUAGACUAAUGUCCACCAAGAGGAACUAUUUCAUUUUUUUUUCAUACAGUUGAAACAUUAAUAUUAAAUUUUAAUUGUCGUUUAUUUUGCGUUCAUUAAACUAUUAUAAUUAUAUGACAACGAAUCUAGUUUAAGUGCAAUAAUAUUGAAGAGGACAAUAUAUCUUAGAAAUAUUUUGAUUGUUUUGUUAUUCAAGAUAUAUAUACUUUGAAAAAAAACAGUGUGUAAAAGAACCAAAAAGGAACCGAUAUAACAUUCCUUACAUCAAAUUCAUCUUAAGGAUGUACUUAGGUGAAAUUAAAAAAAUCUAGAAUUUAAAAUUGAUACUAUAAGUCAAAAGAGCAUUAGUUAAGGAACAAAAUAGGCUAAAAAUAUUGAUACGUUAUGGAGCUCCUUUUCGAGAUAUUAAAAUUUAAAAAAUGGCGGGAAAAGGCUGACUCGGACUUUACCUUAUAUUUGGUUAUUUGGGUCUCAAAUCGAAAGGAAAAAAUCUAGAAUCUGCUAAAAUAUAUUUUGGUGAAGGACCUUUAAUGAGCUAUUGAAGUCUUAUAUGAAAAGAAAAAUGGGUGUUAUGGGUCAAAUUAUUUUACCCUGUAUCGUAGGAAAAAAACCAAGGAGUUCCAACAUCUAACAUAAUUCCUAACCCCUCACCUAAGUACAUCCUUAAAAUGAAAUUUGACAAAAUUUGCAUUUAUAAUUCACAUAUACCUCCUUUAAUUUAUGACUGUUAUAUUAAUAUAUCUCUUCUUAUUUCAUUUGUAAUUUAAUUUAUGCAUUUAUAUUUCAUUGUAUAUUUAGUUUCAUAGCUUAAUGCUAGAUAAAAUUAAUUAUUUCGUGUAGAUUAAAUGUAAUAAUUACAUUACAUGUAUGUUUCAGAAGAAUCCGUUAUUAUGAUUGGAUAACAACGCUUGCACGUCAUGCUAAAAUUAACCUUCAUAUCCCAAUGAAGUGUAACAUUCAUGAUAACACGUGCCAUCACAAUAAAGUGCACAAGUUAAUUUAAGAAAUAGAUGAUAGAAAUCGAUUUUUCAUGACCCUAGCAUAAAAAUGUAAUUAUAAGAAUUGAAUGCUUCUUUUAGGAAUUUUAUAGGGUUGUAAAGGUGUUGAUCGUGCGCACAUUUCUAGAAUGAAGCGCUUUCGCGCUUCAUACAAAAUGUGCUUCGGUCAACACUUUUACACCCCAAAAAAAUUACAAAAAGAAGCAUUCAAUUCUUAAUUGAGGUCAAGAUUUUGUAUUGCUGUAUGAUAAAAAAGUGAAUAUCAACAGUAUAAAAUGUAUUGUGCUUUUUUGUUUAGUUCCUCUCAUUUAUUUUGUGUUUAUAAUGGUAACAUAUAUAUGUUUAAUACCAAAAACAAUAUAUAUAAAAGUUUGGAUUUUCGUUCAACUUCUAUGCGGGUCUGGGUGGGGGUCCCUCAAUUCUGUAUUCUUCAAUUAUUUAGCCACUUUUCUCUAUAUUUUUUGCCCAUAAUUUGAUUAUUCUAUUCUCUAUUCUGUAUAUUUUUGCCCAUUAUUCUCUAUUCUUGAUAUUUUGACACCCCAUUAUUCUCUUGUUUAUUUUAUGGCCUAAUUUUUCUCUUUUUUAUAGCUUAUUUUUUUGUAGUAUUGGUCCAUUAUUCUCUAUUCUAUUAACCCCAUCCAGACCCUCUUCUUUUGGAUUGUUAAAAAUUUAUAGUAUGUUGGGAGUAGAUGAAAUUAUAGCUAUCAAGCAAACCAAUAUUACAGUUGUAACGGAAGCACAGUAAAUGCAACGAAUGUUGACAUGGUGAAUAGAAUUGGCCAUGUGUAACCAUUCUGCAAGAAAAUUUCUGAUUCUUCGCCAUUUUUCAUUUUUUCUCUUUAGUUCAAAACAAUACAUAUGGUUAAUUGUUAUACUAGUAUUUAUUAGUUAUUUUAAAUUAUAAGUGUAUGUAUUAUUAAUUAGAAUAUCAAACUCUGUUAGUUUUAGAAUGUUAUCCGUCCAUUUUUAAAACAAAGGUGAUACUGUUAUGUUAAUAAAUGCAAAUGUUUCCUAAA